AUGGCCAGCCUAUGGUUUGUUAGACCAAUCAUACUUAUUGUUUUUCUGAGAGAAAAUUCUCUGAUCGAUGUUGAUUAUUCGAAUUCUCAAUUGUUGGCUUUUUUUUUUAAACAAGACGGUCUCGGUAUAGUUAAGGUAACAGUGUCAGCGGAAAUAGCAGAACAAGUUACAAAAUAUAAAAAUGAAUCACUGACACUUCCCCAGUGUUUAAUGAGUCUUUGUGUUAAUCAUCACUCGAUUAAGUUCAAGCUGAAUUUAUAUUUUAGUGGAAAAUUUUUAAAAGAUGAAUUUAACUACCUAGGAUUAUUUAAUGACAAGUGGCAACAGUAA